AAAGUCCGAAACGCCGUAGAAAACACAAAUAAGCGCUAGCUACUAUAUUGUAAAACUCUUGUCAAUCAUGGGCGCUGGCCAGUCCAAAGCGGACACAGAAGAAAAGGUCUUUUAUAACGAGACACCCAUUCAGUUCUCGCAGGAUGUUGUGAACCACCUCUCGGAUACCUCGAUGUCACCAGACAUUUCACUAGAACGGCAAUCCACGCUCGAUGCCCACGUACGUGCUCGCAUACAAGCGGAGUUGGAGCAUCUACGAGCGGAAGAGGAAAGUGUGCAGAAGGAAAUCGAACUCGCUCUUGAGAGAGAGAACAUUGACCGGGACAUGACCUCGACAUUGACAGGCGGAGAAUCUUCAGAUGAGGUCGAUGUCAAGAAUAGUGUGACAUUGAUGGGUGAUCUUGAAGAGAUUCGUACCAAGGUAGACAGGUUCCAGGCUAGGAGACAGCUCAGCGAUUAUCCUGCGGUGAAGGAAAGCGGCGAAGCAGUGGUGUUUUGUUAUAAACAAAAUCCCUCCACGCCUCUGGACUGCUGGCGAGAAGUUAGGGAGUUUAAUGCUAGUGUCACUCAAGCGGAAUCGCAACAUCUUGCUUCUCUUCGGUAGGCACAGCCAAGAGCCACCUCCACACUUAUAGCAUGGUCCAUGACGUGUUUCCUGCGUGUCCAAUAGUAUGU